AUGGACUCCGAAAAGUCUUACUCCAAACCAAAAAAGCAGGCAGGUGCUUCUUAUAUCCCUAAGAAGAAAACGGGGACUUUGGUUAUUUCGGAUGGAGAAAUUGCUUUGGAGUCUAAUUUAAAGAAUCCAGUGGAUGAGAGCCAGGCUCUAUCUUCAGAUUUACCCUCUCCCUCUCAUUCCUAUGUGGAGGUCUGCAAAAGUAAUAUUGGCACUAUUAAUUCGUCUACUUGCCAAGUUCCUACAGUAGACCAUCUGUUGGAAGCUAAUCUUGGUAGCGACAAGGCUCUAGUUCCUGCACAGUUUUUGGAGUUAAAUGAGAUUGGUAAUCAGGCCAUUCAGAAGAAGUCUGCUGAAAAUAUUCCCUUCACUACAGUCUUCAAAGCUGCCCGUCAAAGAGAUAUAAUCCCCAGAGAGAAAUCAAGGGUAUUAGUGACUUCUGCCAAUCCUUUUGCAGCCUUAGACUCAGAUGUAGUUUCUAACCCUGAUCAAUCUUCAAGUGAUGAUGCUUCUGAAGAUCAAGAAUGUCUUGUGGUGACCAAUUUCAUUCGGAGUAAUGAUUUCUAUUUGGCAUCUUCCUCCUCCUCUUCUGGUUCGAAGCAGCAGAAGAAUAAGAAAAGGAAACUUUCAAAGAGCAAGCUUAGGUUCAGAGUGGAGGCUAGGAUUCAGCUUUUGUACUCGGAUGCUCAGUCUAUCACUCUCCAGAUUUUUGAUGAUACGGGUCUUUACUUCUUCUACACUGCGGUUUAUGCUUCAAAUGAUUUGGAUGAAAGAAAGGCCUUAUGGACCUCUCUAAAGGAUACUGAAAUCUCCUUUGGGCUUGAUGGGAAACCUUGGUUGGUAUGUGGGGAUUUUAAUGAGAUUAUUGAUCCAAGUGAGUCAUCAAAUCCGUCUAUCAUCUCAUCUACAAGACCUAUGAGAGAUUUAGCAGCCUCUUUAUCAACUAUGGGGCUUUUUGACUUGUCGUCGCAAGGGCCUCCUUUCACGUGGUCCAACCAGAGACCAUCUGAUCCCCUUGGCAAGCGUUUGGACAGAUGUUUGAUAAAUGAUCAAUGGCAGCUUGUGUUCCCAACCGGUUACUGCACGUUUGAACCUCCUGAAUUUUCAGAUCACACCCCUUGUCACAUCCGUCUUUUCUCGCCGAAGCCGUCUUUUGGAACUAAGCCAUUUAUGUUUCAGAGUUUUGUUGCCAAUCUGCCUUCCUUUAUCUCCUCAAUGCAGCACAUCUGGGAAGGUAUUCAAUCACGGCCACAAAACCUCUCUUCUUUGAGUUUCAGGCUUAAGGGUCUUAAAAGACCAAUAAAGUCUCUAGCGAAAGAAAAUCUUAGUAACAUUGAGAGACGAGUCGCUGAGGCGAAAGAUUCGCUGGAUUCUAUUCAGUUAUCUGCGCUUACAAACCCCUCUGAAAUUAUUUUCGAGUUGGAGAAGUCUGCUAAAGAUCAGUGGGUUUUUCUAAGGCUAGCUGAAGAAUGUUUCUUCAGACAGAGAUCUCGGAUCAAAUGGCUUCAAUUGGGUGAUCUAAACACGACUUUCUUCCAUCGUAUUAAUCUGGUUAGGAAUGCUUUAAAUGCCAUAAAAUAUCUCCUUCGUGCUGAUGGAACCCGAUCUGAAUCGCUAGAGGAAGUCCAUAAGAUAGCCUUAGAUUACUUCUCAGGUAUUCUUUGUAAUGUGAGGGGCUCCUUCUGUCCUUUUCUUCCAGAUAUUCUCAGGCGUUUUAUCAGGGAUGUGUGCACAAAUGAUCAGCAGUCUCUGCUUGCGGCUCCAAUAACAAGAGAUCUAAUCAAAGCCACAAUGCUUAAAUUAUCUCUAAAUAGAACGCCUGGUCCAGAUGGAUGGACGGCUGAGUUCUUCAGAGCGACUUGGCUAAUUUUUGGAGAGGAGGUAACAAAUGCGGUCUUGGAUUUCUUUGCUAGGCCCUUCAUGCCGUCAGCCUUACAUGCCACUUCUCUGAUCCUUAUACCGAAGCGACCUGGAGCGGAAAAUAUUGCAGAUUUCAGACCAAUCUCUUGCUUAAAUACCAUAUACAAAUUUGUCUCUAAAAUCAUUUCGGCCCGUCUAAAGAAGGUGCUACCGUCCAUCGUUCUCCCUAAUCAGACUGGCUUUGUAGAGAAUAGACUUAUUCUGGAGAACGUCUUGCUGGCUUCAGAAGUUUUAAAUGGUUAUCAUAAGAAAGGGCUUUCUCCUAGAAUCACCCUAAAAGUUGAUAUUUCUAAGGCAUUCGACUCUGUUCGGUGGAAUUUCAUCUUAGAAACUUUAAAGGCCUGUCAUUUCUCGGCGCUAUAUAUUGAUUGGGUUCGAGCUUGCAUCUGCUCUCCUUCUUACUCAGUCAGUAUAAAUGGAGUCACUUCUGGCUAUUUCAAAGGUAAAACUGGUCUUCGUCAGGGGGAUCCCUUGUCUCCUCCUCUUUUUGUUGUGGUGAUGAACGUGUUAUCCAAUAUGUUGAAUAGAGGAGCAGUUGAUGGAAUCUUCAAUUAUCACCCGGGAUGUGCUGAUUUGGGUCUUACUCACUUGGCGUUUGCAGAUGAUUUACUCAUUUUUUUGGAGGGCACUGAGAAAUCUGUUGUUGGUGUGUUCACAGUUCUAUCACAGUUUGAGAAGUUCUCUGGUCUUGCAGUAAACAUCCACAAAACGUCAAUGUUUUGCUCUGGGUUGUCUGAUGCUACAGAAGCAAAUAUUCUCAGGAGAUUUUUACUCAAGCCUGAGGUUCUUCCCGUGAGGUAUUUGGGGGUACCUCUAUGUUCUAAAAGACUCUCAGUCAAAGAUUGUGAUCCAUUAAUUUCUCAGAUUAGGCGGAAAUAUAAUGCUUGGAUGAAUAGACAUUUGAGUUUGGCGGGAAGGCUCACUCUCAUUUCUUCGGUCAUCCCAGGAAUUAUAGGCUUUUGGACAUCAGCCUUUUGUAUUCCGGCAAAGGUUUUGAAGAUGAUAAAUAGCUUAUCUACUUCCUUUCUUUGGCAUGACUGUCUGGAUAAUCCUAGAGGUGCUAAAGUCUCCUGGCAGGAUGUUUGUCGCCCUAAAGUAGAGGGUGGUUUAGGGCUGAGAAAUUCAGCUUCUUGGAAUAUUGUCUUUGGCCUCAAGCUUAUUUGGUUGCUCCACUUCAGAGCUGGAUCACUAUGGGUUGCAUGGAUGAGGAGGAAGUACAUAAGCAUGUACUCAUUUUGGUCGUCUCAGCUUACGGUUCGCAACACCUCUUGGAUGUUUCAAAGGCUUGUCAACUUACGCCCAAUAGCUCAAACUCUGGUUUACUAUGAGAUUAAUAAUGGCGGUGAAACUUAUUUCUGGUGGGAUCCAUGGACUCCUUUCGGUCCUUUGAUUCAAUACUUGGGUAUUACGGGUCCUAUGGAUCUUGGGAUCUCUAUUGAUUCUCUUGUGUGCGAUUGCUUAGUAAAUGGUAGUUGGAUUUUGCCUCAUCCCCGAUCGGAAAGGCAAUUUCAGCUUCAUAUAUUCAUCUCCACGUUAUCUCUGGGACAAGGAAAUGAUAGGAUUCUCUGGAAAGUUAAUGGGGUUCAGAGAGAUAAAUUUAUCUCUAAGGAUAUUUGGAAUUACACAAGGGAGAGGAGACAACCCUCUACUUGGACGUCUUUGGUGUGGCAUGCUGCAUCGGUUCCUAAACAAGCCAUUACUUCGUGUCUCUUCAUGUUAAACCGUAAUCCUACCAUGGACAUGCUCCUAUCUUGGGGUCUUGAUGUUGAAGAGGUUUGGAGAAAGUGCUUGGUCCGCUUGGGUGUUUCUAAUGCUCCAACUACUUGGCAAAGUGUUAUUGACUGGUUGUGUUAUCUUCCCUUUGAUAGGAUUCUCAAACUGGUUAUUUUACAAAUAUGGCAAGCAUGUUUGUAUGAAAUUUGGAAGGAGCAGAAUGCUCGUUUCCAUUUGGGAACUACUGCCCCUCCUAUAAAAAUUUCUGAAGUUGCAACUCGUACAUCAAGGUUCAAGGCUACUGCCCUGAAGAAGUCUGGGAAAAUUUUAGGAAAUGAGCUUCUCGCUUUUUGGUCUGGGAUUUAA